UAUCGUCAAAUGUCACCGUGAAAAUUCAUUUUCAUCAUCACCCAUUUAAUUUUCUGCAGCAUUUUCAUUUCCACUUAUUAUAAUUCGUGUUUAUCAAUUGAAGAUCGAUUGCUAAAUUAAUUCAAGUAAAAAAUAAGUUUUCGGAUUAAAUUGCCCACACACCUCAAUCAUGUUCGAAGAUGCCGAUAAUUUUGCCGAUUUAUUUCGUGGUGGUUUCUCCGUUUUAUUGGUUACCAUCCCAUUAUUAGUUAUUCUAUCGUCCAGCCCGGUGUUGGCCUCAAAUGAGUUCACCAUCGAACGGAUGGCACAAUACGAUGUACAUGGAGUCCCAUACGGUUGCCGAGCCUCGAGUAUAAAUUUAGAAGCGAAAUCACUACAGACAUGGACAACGUCGCGGCAUUGCGUAAUUACGAGGUUCCAAGAUUUGACGGUCGAUCAGUUCCGUGAGAUUCGGGCAAAGGCUGGUGGAGUUAUUAUCUUACUGCCUGAAAAUUUGUCUCUUCUGAGCAAUGAGGAGAAACAGCAAAUCUACACACUAGAGCAGGCAAUUAUGGCCCAAGAAAUUUCGAUCCCAGUCUACUUCUCGAAGUUUGACCCCGAGCUGAGUAACAUCAUUGAUGAGAUAUCGACCAGCAAGGAAAAACAAGAGACAUCCAAGAACAACAAAAGAGAAUCGGCGAUCAGUGAAAUAAUCAACUCGAUUUCGGCCAAUGGAUACCAGGUAGUGGUAUCGGGAGCUAGUCAUGUAGUCAAUAAACAAUCCAAAAUCCCGAUCAUACAAGGCGAGUUGGCACCAACAAAAAAUAUCAAAGCCGAUGGAAACGUUGAAAUCAACACGAAAUUGCCAUUGAUCAUAAUCACUGCGCACUUGGAAACAUUCGGAUUGGUCAAUCAUCAACUACCGAAUUUGGACGUGACUGUAUUCAUGUCACUAGUAUCGGCAUUCAGUAAAAUCCACAGCAGUGCAACGACAUCGCCGAAAUAUCGCAUUAUGUUCUUGCUGUCGGAGUCGGGCGCCUUAUUGAACUUCCAAGGAAUGAAAAAGUGGCUGGACUCGAAUCUGGAUGAAAAUAUGCAGAUUCAGAAUGCAGAAUUCGUGUUGUGCAUCGAUGGCAUCGGUCAGCAGUCCGACACAAACACAUUGUACAUGCACGUAUCAAAGCCACCGAAAGAAGGAACCCACAUGAACAAUUUCUAUAAGCAGCUGCGAACGACAGCCCAAAGCUACGAAAAUGUGACGGUCGAGGGUAUACACAAGAAAAUCAAUUUGGCUGACGUGCAAUUGGCAUGGGAACAUGAACGGUUCAGUAUGAAACGGAUGGCCGGAUUCACAUUGUCCAGUUCGAAAUCGCAUAAGGAUCCGUUGAGAUCGACCAUAUUUGUGGAAAAUCAAGAGCAAAACUUGCAGACGGCUCAGCGAAACGCUAAGAUUCUUGCCGAGUCGCUGGGUGCCUAUGUGUUCGGAAAUAAUAACGGAGAAUUGUUCUCUGGUGCAUCGGCUAUUUCAAAUGAAUUGGUCAAACCGUGGCUGCAUAUACGAUCGACCCAAAUCAACAACGACUUGAAGAACGCAUUUGAAAAGUAUUUGAAAAAUGUUAAAGUCACCUACGACAAACCGGACGCUCGAGAGCCAGACUUUAUGCUGUACGAUGGUCAUCAGGGUACACUGAAUGUCUACAGUGUGAAGCCGGCCGUAUUCGAUCUGUUUUUAACAUUUGUGAUAGUCGCGUAUUUAGGUUCCGUUUAUCUGGUGAUCGUAUCGUUUCCGACACUGUACGGUGCAAUGUGCAAAUUAAGCAAUACUAAAGUAAAAGCAAACUGAAAUCAAAAUUGUAAAUCGAUUAGUUAAGGGGAUAUUAUCGGUGUGGUUCAAUCUUUUGUUUUUAUUACUGUUGUCGAUUGAGUGAGGUUAUCAUAUAACUGCCUUUGUUGUCAUAAUCCUUUUGUACGAAUAAAAAACAUUUUUUUACUUGUACUACCACCAUCCAUUCCUUUGUUAGUUUACAUCAUCCAAAGAACAAUAAGAAUAAAAAGCAGAUUGUAAGAAG